AUGAUUCUCGCCCGCCGCCCGCCGCGCUUCGCCCUCAUCGUCGCCUUAACCUGCGCCGCGCUGCUGCUGCUCUACAACCCGUACCGGCUGUCCCCGUCCACGCCUGCGCCCGCGCCCGCGCUGCUGCAACACAACGUUCAGUUCCGCCCCAGUUCGUUCAAUUGGUCGACCGCCAAACUCUUCUAUCCCGUCUCAACCCCCCUCACGCCUCUUCCGACAGGCAAACCGCUCAACCUCCCCAGCGUUCAACACGACUUUGGCGCCAAGAACCCGCACCCCGAAGCACCCAAACGCCAGAAGGCUGUCAGAGACGUCUUCAAGAAGAGCUACGGCAGCUAUAAACGCUAUGCUUGGACCCGAGAUGAGCUCACACCUGUGAGCUUGAGCGGGAAGGAUACGUUCGGGGGGUGGGCAGCGUCGCUGGUCGACUCACUGAAUACACUAUGGAUCAUGGGCUUUCGCAACGAGUUCUAUACUGCUGCUGAGGUUGCCGCUCAACUGGACUGGGCUAAAACGACCAAGCAGAGUGCAAACAUGUUUAAGACCACUAUUCGUCAUCUUGGUGGCCUUCUUAGUGCCUACGAUCUUAGCAGUGAGGUUACUCUUUUAGAGAAGGCAAAGGAAUUGGGCGAUAUGCUGUAUAUGGGGUUUAACACCCCCAAUCGCAUUCCCGGGUUCUGGAUCAACUUUAAAGAUGCAAAGAAGGGAUCCCAGCUGGCAAGUGCACACGACCCAUCGGCUUCUCCAUACUCGUUAUCCCUCAAGUUCACACAACUCUCACAGCUUACUAGCAACAUAAAGUAUUUCAAUACUAUCAACCACAUCAGCCGCUUCCUUGAGCGCACCCAGUAUCAGUCUAGGCUCCCAGGAAUAUAG